GACCAAUCCGAAGCGCGCCCGCCCGCUGGCGCGGGAGGGCCCUGGGCAGCCGCUGGAGGCCGGGCGGAGCCGCGGGCAGAGCGGGGAGAUCGCAGAGGGGACUGACUGCCCGGCUGCCUGCCGCCCGCCGCCCGCCAGAGACUCUACAGCCUCGCCAUGCCGCCGUGGGGCGCCGCCCUCGCGCUGUUCCUGGCUGCGCUCGCCUUGCUCCUCCUGCUAGUCCCUCGGCUCCAGAGCCCCUGGAGGCGCGCCGUCGGAGCGAGGACCCUGCCCGGGGCCCUAUUUCAGGACGACCACAGGGAGGUGAAGAGCGGAGGCCCCGCAGACCAGUUCAGCGACGGACGUGAGCCACUGCCCGGCGGGUGCAGUCUCAUCUGUAAGCCGUCUGCCCUGGCUCAGUGCCUACUGCGCACCCUGAGGCGCUCGGCUGCGCUGGAGACCGGCCCGCGCUCCUGGCUCUCUGGUCCACACCUGCAGACCCUCUGCCACUUCGUCCUGCCCGUAGGGCCCGGGCCUGAGCUGGCCCGGGAGUACCUGCAGUUGGCGGACGACGGGCUGGUGGCUCUUGACUGGGUCAUAGGACCUUGCCCCCGGGGCCGCCGGAUCACCAACGCUGGGGGUCUUCCCGCUGUGCUGCUGGUGAUCCCCAAUGCGUGGGGGCGCCUAACCCGUAAUGUACUCGGCCUCUGUCUGCUUGCCCUGGAGCGUGGCUACUACCCGGUCAUCUUCCACCGCCGCGGCCAUCACGGCUGCCCUCUGGUCAGUCCCCGGCUACAGCCUUUCGGGGACCCGUCGGACCUCAAGGAAGCGGUCACUUACAUCCGCUUCCGACACCCGGCGGCCCCCUUGUUCGCGGUGAGCGAAGGCUCAGGUUCGGCGCUGCUGCUGUCUUACCUGGGUGAGUGCGGCUCCUCUAGCUACGUGACAGGCGCCGCCUGCAUCUCGCCAGUGCUGCGCUGUCGAGAAUGGUUCGAGGCCGGCCUGCCCUGGCCCUACGAACGCGGGUUCCUGCUGCACCAGAAGAUCGCCCUCAGCAGGUAUGCCACAGCCCUGGAAGACACAGUGGACACCAGCAAGCUGUUCAGGAGCCGCUCCCUGCGAGAGUUUGAGGAGACCCUCUUCUGCCACACCAAGAGUUUCCCCAUUAGCUGGGAUACCUAUUGGGACCGCAAUGAACCUCUCCGGGAUGUGGACGAGGCAGCCGUGCCUGUACUGUGCAUCUGCAGUGCUGAUGACCCUGUGUGUGGGCCCCCAGACCACACUCUGCCCACCGAACUCUUCCACAGCAACCCUUACUUCUUCUUGCUGCUUAGUCGCCAUGGAGGCCACUGUGGCUUCCUGCGGCAGGAGCCCUUACCAGCCUGGAGCCACGAUGUCAUCCUGGAGUCCUUUAGGGCCUUGACUGAGUUCUUCCGAAUGGAAGAAAAAAUGAAAGGGCUGAACAGGCGCCGAACAUCAUUCCUAGGGGGCCGGCGUCGCUGGGGAGCCCUGCAAAAGAGGGAGGUCUCUCCCUCUUACAAUCUGGAGGAGACCUUUAGCUGGAAAAGAUCAUAUACAAGUUUUUGGUGGACACAACAUCUUUGUUUGUAUGUGGUGCUGAGGAUCAAACCCAGGCCGCACGCAUGCCAGGCGAGUGCGCUACCGCUUGAGCCACAUUCCCAGCCCUCUCUACCCUAUUGCCUUCUCUGAUAAUAAGGCAAGCUUGCCCUGUGUAUAUCACUAGUGCGAUUUAACAAACUUGUUUGCCUCUGAAUAGUAAAUAAACUGCAGUCUCCCUGCAACACCAGAAUGUUAUUUCUUAAAUCUUCAUAGACAAAUACGUGUUGUUUGUCUUCCGAAGUCCUCUGUGUACAGAGCCAUGCUUACCUGCUGUGGAGUUUAACAGAGCCUCUCCCACAUUGUGCACUCCCUGAUUGUUGCCUCACUUCUGUGGAUCUAGCCUGGUCUAUGAGCACUAACUAGCAGCAGCUCUGUUUAUUCAACAACCAGGCCUCCUGCUCUGGCUAAUAAUUUCUCAGCAAGUUUUAAACUCCCUGAACAUCAAGGAUACCUACAUAGAUUUUCAGUGGGUGAUUGGUUUGUGUGUAAGACAGAAUACUAAGGUAGUAACCUGGGAGAUGUGGAUUCUAGUUUCUACUUCAUCAAGGGCUUAAAUGACCCUAGGACAGUCAUUUUAUUAAUUGUUCCAUAUGAAAAGACAGGGCAAAUAUAAGCCUUAAUUUAUAAGGUUUGCCAAGAUAUAGUGAAAGCAUUGUAAAUACCAUUCUCCAAUGCUAUUUAAAUCCUCAACCAGAGCUUGAAGACCUCUAUGAUGAAGAGGAAUCUGCCUCCAGAUCAGAUUCUUAUUCUCUAAUCAAUACCUUCCAAGUCCAGGAAGGUCAGUAACUCAUUCCACUGCAAAGUUGGGAAGGCCCUGGAAGGGCAGCACUUUUGAGCCUCAUGAGCUGGAUUCUGUGUUGCCCAAAUGAGGACAAAUUUUUCCUCUUCCAUCCAGAACACAAUAGCCUACUUCAUUAUCUGGGUAAAAAGAAGUUGAGACAAUUAGACGAGAACAUUCCUGUCUAUAUCAAGUACUUCACUCUUACGCAUAUUUUACUCACUUUUGUAAUCCCAACAUUGUGCCCAAUAGUCACUAACUUGAAAUACAACUUUUAAAAAAUUUGAGACAGGGUCUCACUAAAUUGCUUAGGGUCUUGUUAAACUGCUGAGGCUAGCCACAAACUUGCUACCCUCCUGCCUCAGCCUCCUAAGUUGUUAGGAUUACAGGGUGUAUCACUGCACCUGACCCUGAAAUAUAUCUUUAUAGGAAUAAAAUUACUUUAAAAAACCAAGCAGACACUCUGUGUACUAAAAUUACUUUAUUACAGUUGAUUUUUAAACAUUUCCUUUGCUAUGAUACAAAGGAUACUUACAAACAAAAUAUUACAUAUGACCUUGUUUUCGCUCUUAUGUUCUGACAACUUGGUAACAGCUUUAAAUGCACAAUCUAUACAAUUAAUACAGGUUAUAUAUGAACUAUAAGGUAUGCUGAACCAGAAGAAUACUGACAAUGUACUGUACAAUAAGCCUUACCAGUUAGUGCUGUGGACCAUUUCUAUCAAAAGGAAAAUGCACAUCUGUACAGUCACCUUUACCAGCUGGUGCUGACAGUGAGGGAGAGGCUUCUUCUCCAUUGCAACCCUUGAUAAGCCUCCACUGUGGGCAUCUGUUUGGUCCAAAAAUUGAGAGGACUGUGAAUAUUCAAAAUUAGUCAUCGGUAAAGUGGUAGAACAUCACCACAGUUUCAACAUAAUAAACUCUCACCAAAAAAUCAGUCCCAGUUUUAAAAAACCACAAGUCCUUUGUCCACUAUGAAAACCCUACAGGCUCAAGGGCUUUGGGAGAUGAGAAGAUGAAGGCUGCCAAAAAAGGAGGCAAGAAACCAAGCCAAAAUCUAGGUCUUGCAAAAUCAUCAUUUUUCCCUUCACCAAAGGGAACUAGAAAUGUACAAAUUCAUUGAUGAACCUCAAUGAUAACAUAUCAGUUAGCUGAUAACCCUCAUUUUAUCUGGACCCCUGACUUGUGGGAAUAACUGAAAUAGAAUGGAUAAUAGAUACCACUUUUAGAAAAGAACAUCUUGCUUAGUUAAAACAUUCCCUUUUAGCCACCAAAGCUGGUCCUGGGCUAUGACAGGUGUGCAUUCAUCUCUCAAUGGUCUACUCAGAAAUGAUAAGGUUACAGCUUUUUUUCUUUUUCUUUCUUUUCUUUUUUUUUUUUUUUAAAUAAAAAGGCAAUUGACUGAAGCAUUUUCUUUUUUUUUUUAGGUAAAUAGCAAAAAUAAAAAUAAAAACCAACCCUGGCAUUUGCACAAAUAAUGCAAAUAGGGUGAUAUGGCCUUUAAGGAAGGGGUUAGUAGAAAGUAAGAGAGAUGUGAAGAAAAUCCAGAUAAAAUGAUGUAUUAAUUUCUUUCUCUUUAAAAAUUUCUACAUGUGCAAAAAAAAAAAAUCAUGCUGUUUAAGGAAUCCUUAAACAAGGGGAAAUGAGAACAUAAAACUAAAAAUAUAAAUAAUGUUUGAAUGACUGAUAAAAGCAGAAACCAACCUGGGUUACAAAAAGGAUUAUACAUUCAAGAUGCUCUUAAACCCAGUGGGAUAACUUAUGUUAAAACUGUGUUAAUAGUUAUGUUAAAAAUCUCAAGUUUGUUUUUAAAUCUUCACAAUACAAGCAAAGCUGUUUUAAAAUAUACACUAUACAUAUUUCUCAUAGUCUCUCCAACCUCAUGAAUGUGCAUUAGGCUUUUUCAUAUACUAAAACAAGGGGGUUCUGAAAGCUAAAUUGCUUAUAGUAACCCAUCCAUUAUUUAAAUGUUGAAGGUUUUAAGUGGGUUAAAAACUUUAGCAGACUUACAUAAAUAGGAUUUAGCAACACAAGUGUUAAUUUAAAAAACUCUAAAGCAUUUACAAAUAAUCUGGUUGAAUAGUCCGGGGAAGUUAUGUGCACUAUACUUUAAAAUGUUAUUUACAUCAGACCAUCACUUUUGUAAAAAUUUCCCUAUAAAGUUAAAAAAAAAUAGGAGAAUUAACCUGUUCUAACCUAGCAAAGAAGGAUCAUAAAAGGAAAGGUAAAGUAAAAACAAAAUAACUAUCUCUUAAUAGAAACCCCACACAUCCCUCUUCAGUUGGAUUUCACUCUAUGAAACCACUUGUAACUCCUAAUAGGCUCAUAUAUCAAGUAUCAAGAUAAUGUGGUAAAAGACCUUGUUAGACAAAUUACUGGCCUCAAGUGGACUUCUUGUUUUUUUGUUUUUUGAAAUGUUUUCCCACCUUGUGUCUCCGGCUUGGAUUGUUUUGGGACUCGUGCAAUUAAUUGGAGGGGCACUCUUUGUAGGCACAAUUCCCAUUUUAUGUGGAAUAAAAGGCAGAAAAUGUGCUAGGAAGAAAGGGUGGUGGUUUCUCUGGUAGUGUGAAAUGCAAAGGAAGGACAACAGCACAUUUGGAAUGGGCACCAAAUAACAGCUGUCUGGCAAUAUACUAGGGGCAGCCAACAUUUUGAUAAACUAAACAUACCUGUUUAACAUUCCCCAAAAGGGUUAGAAAUGUUCCAAUACCCCCUAGGUAUUUUGAUAUGUGCCAAACUGUCACAAUAGCUAGGAACUGCAAACAGUUGGCAGCUGCAUCCUUUUUAAUUACAUAAUUCACUCCAUGACCAUGUGCAAUUUAUUCUAACAAUAAUGUUCAUGCCUAGGCAAUGUAUUUGAGGGCUAAGAAAAAGCAAAAAUGUGCCACUGAUAGAAACCUAUUCCCAUAUAACUGGUCUUCAUGCUUUCAAGUGGCUCUAAUAUACCUUGGAUACUAAGCCAAGCCAUGCAAAAGCAAAGAGUACACACUUUUCAUUAACACUGGUAUCUCAUUUCUAAACCACUGACUUCAAAGUUGCCAUAGAAACAUAACACAAGUACUGAAAGCAUACAAUCAAGGGUUCAUGGAUUUUUUAAAAAAUGCAUUUCCCUCAUCUAUAUUCACCAGUCUUUAAUACCUUGGCUACAAGGCAUAUCAGAAAAAGGGAAGUUAAGUGGGGGUAAUGUCUAAGGAACAUAUGUAAUUCUGGAAAUAGGAAAAGUGUUCCAGAAAUGGGAUGAAUGUGCCAGCAAUAAGUAUAGUUUGUUUCAUUUGAAAAUUCAGUUAAGGAGCCCGUAAACAGUCCCAAACCAUAAUGUUAUCACCUGUGUAAUUUACAUAAACAUUAACACACUUGCACUUUAUAGACAAGACACACUGUAAACAUGGCCACUGCGGGAGGGAGGCUCCCUACCUUACUCAUGAUUGAGAACAUGUAAUCAUUAUAUUAAAUAAAAUUACUUAAAUUUCAAAAGAUUUCAAACCUGACCAAUAAUUAAGCUUCAUUUCCCCCAUGUUUAACAACAUUUAAGCAUUUAUUCUAAAAAUGUCACCUAGGAUGGUUUCAGGGUUAGAUGCUAGAACCACAACUGGCAAUGACAGCAACUCCUUUCUAGCUGGCACAGACCUAUAACUUUAGUACAAAACCAAAAAAAUAAAAAAAAAAAAAAUACAGAAACUAGGUCAAUUUGUUAGCUACAUAUUUACAGCUACUUACAUGAUUUUCCACUCACAAUUGCUAAAAACUAUGAAAGGAAACUGUGCAGGUUGAAUUACCCGUACUUUGAGGGGAAUUCUUGGGCAUCAAGAUACCCUUUUUCAUUCAUUCGGAAGUCUCACCCUUACUUCACUUUUUCAUGACAACUACCUACAGAUGUUCAGAUUAGUACUAUCCAGUGGGCAUUCUUCAGUUUGAGAAGAUUAACCUUUUUCUCUACUUAAAGAAGAACCCUUUGCAUAAUUAAAAACAAAGAGUACAAAUAGACACACACACGCAAAUCUCUGAAAUUUCAAAAAGUCUGGAUCACUGGGAAACAAUUAACAGUGAUGGUGACAAAGCACAUGGCUCCCUAGUUUUAAUUCUCUGCCUCUUUUUUAAAAAAUAUAUCUAUCUUCGGGUGGGUGGGAAGUGCAAGUUUAAGAAACUCACAACAGGCAAAUAAGGUGCAUAAUUUAUAUAUUUGUUAUGAUCUGAAGAGUACCAUUAGGCCAAAUAGGUUCUAUUCCUUGUAAAAGUGAAAUUUUGGAAAUCUGAAUAUAAACAAAGAAGGGGAAAAAAAAUCAAUACAACUUUAAAGAGGGCUACCAAAACUCAGUAGAAAAUACAAAUGCACAAAAGAGGAAGAGUUCUCAGCUUCACUUUUUUCUAGACAGUGUUUAAUAAAACUUACUUCUUUACAAAUUAAUAGUCAUUUCCAAUGCAGAUCUACUGUAGUGAUUGCAUAAAAGUGCAGCUAACAUAACCAGACACAGCAAAACAGACUUCAAUCAGUAGUCCUUGCAUUUAAAAGGCAAGUAUGCUAAAUGAACAGCACACUCUUCAUCCUUUACAGAGGAUGGGAAAUUUCCAGUUCUUAACAAUUAAGAAUGAGCACGUGCCUUUUAAAGGCAAUGCUAUACCUAGGUGGGAAUAGUAUCAUGUCUGAUGGGGGAGAACAAAAUGGAGAAUUUCUCUUCAAUAAUGAUCUAUAUUUUGGUAAGCAGCUCAAAGAUGACAGCCCAAAUACUGGCUUUAUUCCUUAAAGAAGGCUCUAAAAAAUGAGAAUCUCUUCUUCCAUCGUUAUAGGAGAUUCACACUUACACACCUUAAAUAAAUUAUUUUCCGACUGAAUACACACUAGGACACUUCACAUUUUGAGCAUACGACAAAAUGCAGAACUGUAUAAACCUCCAAGGGUGCUGUGUUGGGCCAAAUCUCUGCUUGAAUAGUCGUGGCUCAGAAGGGGUGGAAGGUGCACAAAGAACUUACUAUUAGCAAGCAAGAAGAGGCAGCUAAAAGGAGAAAGUCCCUCACACCAUAUCCUUCUCUCCCAGUGGCCAUUUCCUGUUGAUUUUAUGCUUUAGGAGUACCUUAGAUGCUUUUGUAGUAAUUCCUUUUUUGGCUGUUUUGAUCCUCAACAAAAUAUAUAACUGUUACUAUUAAUGGGGUUAAAAAAAAGGAAGAGAAUCAAUGGUAUCACAACUAAGAAAUAUAUGCAAAAAAGUACAUAAAGACUCUGUGACUUAUUGGUUCUUUUUAUCAUCUUUGCAGAGGAAUCACCACCAGUGUUCUUCCUUUUCACAGUUCAUUUCUCUCUGCAUCAUUUACCUUUUUAUUGUAUCAUAACAUAAACUCAAAGAAACACUAGCUGGCCCUUUCCCCAGAACAAUUUUACUGCAUUGCAAUUUAUGGGUCCAUAUUUUACUUAAGUUUCUCUCCACUCACACAAGUGCUAAGAGGGGAUUAAAAAGGAGAAGACUGCACAAAUUGUCAUCUUCUCAUAAAUAUCAACCCACAGUACACAUUCUUUAAAACACAUGCAUUCUGGCCAUAACUGAGGACUGAAAUAACGAAAGCAAACAAACAACAGCAACAACAACAACAACAAACAGAACCUUAAGUGCCCUGAUGGAAAUGUACAUGUAUGAGUUACAUCCAUCCAUUUAUACACACAUAUAGACACUCAUAUGUAUAUACAAUAUAUACAUACAAAUGAUAAUAGCUAUACCAAAAAUGUGCAUAUUUAACACAGUUUUUAAAAGCCAGUAGAUCAUGGUAUAAUACAAUUUAUUUCCACUAGUGAAUGGCACAAAUGGAGAAAUGCAAAGGAGGUGUUUCAAGUACAAUAAAGUCAUUUUUCACAGGUGAAAAUAAACAGUAUUAUUCCAGUGUCUAACACAAUGAAUUCUAUAAAAGUUUAAAAUGCCAGACAUUUAGUACUUACAGAAGCAGAAAGUCUGCCUUAUGGUUUGAAAAAGACACAGAGUUUUCAAUUUUUGAAAAGGCAGUGAGGAAAAAAGUGGUGGAAGUGGGAGGGGAGUGUCCAGGACAGUUUUUUAGUGUUUUGAAUGAUGUUUACAUGAUGUCCAGUCAAAAAUCAUAAUGACUAUGCCAAGAAGUUCAAUUUAAUAAUUCCUUGACUUAGGGUACUUAGCAUAUUACACCUGUGGGUAUGAUUUCAAAUGUAGGACUAUGUGCCUCAAAAGAAUGGCAGCUCUUAAUAAAAAUAUAAACAUUUUUUAGCUAACAUUAUCUACAUAAUGAAAAUGCUUUCAGAUACUCUAAUUUGGGGUUAGAGUUGAGUUUAAAAGGGGAGAAAAAAAAUAUGUGCAAAGGGGAGGGAACCUAAUUAGGAAUAAAAUGUUUCAAGGUACAUGAGGCUUUGCAUUUUUAAAAUGCUAGCCCAAAAAAUGGAGAAGGUGAACACAAGAAGACUUUCACUGCCAGGCUCUGGAUACCAGAUAUAGCAUUUACAACCUCUGAUAUGCUACAUAAAUUUCCCAUAUUUAAAAUUUUCUUAAACACACACACACACACACACGCACACGCACACACAUGUAUAUAUAAGUGAACACCAACACCAGGGAGGAGGUAGUGUUAAUUUGAUCAAAUGUUGACAUUUGCACACUGAUUCAGAAAGUGCUUGCUCUUUCCUUAGGAUAGCUCAUCAAACCGUUCAAAUUUUCCUGUUACCAGUUUCACUAUGUGAUGAUUCCUAUCGUGUAUGAGAUUCCUCACAAGUUAGAUCUCAUAAACAUAAAUGAACCAAUUUGAAUCAUUUUUGCAGACUACAUAUUUUAAUUAAGAUUAGUUUAAUGGCAUAAUCCAGGUAUAGUCAUAACCUACAUAUAAACUGGUUGCCAUACAAUUAAAUUACAUACAAAGCCCUUCAGGAUAGACACUUGGGAGUCAAUAUUCAAUCACACUUUUAUAAAAGUACAUAUGAUUUCAAUGAACUUAAGUGACUCAAUUUGACUAUUUGAAGUUCACAACUGGACUUUAAAAUGUAUUACUGGUAGUAUUUUAGGUUUAAAAGAAUUUUGUAUGCAAAUCUGAUCUGCUUUCCUAUUCUAUCUCUGCAGUAGUAGAGAAGGGCCAUAUCUAAGAAGGGUGCAUUUAAAGGUAUUCUAUAUUUUGGGGCAUUUUGUUAAAUUCUGAAGCUCUUAUUAUUUUCCUCCAAACAGGAAGAUUUCUCUGCUUGCUUGAAAGACCUUAUAAUAUCUGAAUGGAAAAAAGAACAUCAAGACUAAAAGUCCUUUUUAGUAGAUGGAGCAAGUACACAUAUUUAUCUAAAAAUUGGUGAUCUGGAGCAUAGCGAAGAGGACAAUGUAUCAGUGCGCUACUUAAAGCACUGUCUAGAAGUGUGUGUGAACUCCACUGUGAUUUGAUUUUUAAAGGAUUUAUAUAAAAAUAUUAAUUUUUCUUCUUGUUCACCUUCAAAUCAGUGUCAGAAAUUCCUAAAGGGGGGAUUAUUGGAGACUGGACUGACAUACCCAGGGAAGAUUUAAAAUUUGAGAAAAUCAAGACUUUAGUGACAUAUUACAAUUUGGUCACUAGUUUGGUCUAGGUGAAGAGUUUUAUUUUGAGGGACGUGUAGAGUUCUACCUUGGAGCCCUCUGACUACAUGAAAAGCAGGAUGCAGAGUUAGCAGCAAGUCUUUCAAGAUAACUGGGGAGCGGGCAGGACAUCAACUUGUAAGAAACUCUGAUCUGUCACAGAAAGGACAUUUUUUUUUUCUUCAAGUCAUAUUCACAGCUCCCCACCCACUUCCAACUCAACUUCCAUACAAGCAGUGGAAUACCAAGUAACAUCUGACUUUCAACAUUGGGUUGAUCCUUCAUUGUAAAAUAAAACAAAACACUAAACAAAAGAAAAAACAUGACCCCCAACUCCCCGAAAAUAAAAAAAAGUUAGCUUUUGUCAAGAGAUUCCCUGACCACUAUAACUUACUUUUAUUUAUUUAUUUGUUGUUUUUUUUUUUUUUUUUUUUUUCAUUUAGCAAACCUCCUAGUUCCUUUUCAGUAGUAUUUCAGCUCUGAGGCUUGAGACUUCUGGAAGUGGUGUUUCCUACUGUGUGAUGUUAACAUGAUCCAAAAUGAUUACUAAGUCUCAAUGAACUAGAAGUUUGUAAAGUACUGCAGCAACAAAAACAGCAAUUAAAAAAUAAGAGGACCUGCAUAUGCAGCAAAAUCUACAGUGGUGAUGAGGAUUAGUCAGCAGCUGGUAGUCAUUGGCUCAGUGACUCCUGGUUCACUAUGGCAACUAAACAUUUAAAUAAUCGACUAUUCUACUUGUAAACAGGAAAUCCCAUAAGCCAAAAGGGAAUAAUCAAAUUCUGUCUAUGUAGUGUGAUGAGUAUUCCAAUAGAUGGCAGUUCGAAAAUAUGGCAUCAUUCAAAUACCUCUGGCAUUUGAUUUGUAUUGGCUAUGUCUUUGUUUUUGCACAAAGUAAAAGUACUGUUUGGGGUCUUAAAACUUACAGAGCUUAGCUAGGAUGAGAUAUCACAGUAUAAGCAACAAAAUGUCAGGAUAUACAGGCUUCUUCUCCUUACUAGGCUGCUGGACAUACCUAUCAGAUGAACUUUCUAGGAACUGUCUCACCCCUUUGAAGGCUCACAGGUUUAUUAAUGCAUUCCUCACACAACUUGUAAUUUCUUUAAGCAACCCCAUCUUACUGUGACACAAAGAAGGCACAACUGAAUGAACAAAAAUCAUUGACAAAUUUAUGAAGCUUUCAGAAAAAGAAGUAAGUUAUUUUCUACCAUCUGAAAUGACCAAUAUAAUCCCUUAGUGUUUGUGGAUUUCUGCUUUUUCACUCCAAAUCAGGCUGAGAAGUCAAACCAAUUUAACAAAAAAAAUUCCUUGGUGGGGGUUGCAGGUGUGUUCCAAUAAUACCUUGUUUCAGCAUAGGCUGCCUGCUGUCAGUGGCUCAUAAGAACUCGAAGAACACUUUAGAUCUUCUCAAAACUCUUAGGAAAUGGAUACCCUCAAGUGAUGACUCAAGCCACUUUGCUGCAUUUUAUUUCUGCAGUGUUCAGAAAAUACCCCCUCUAUCCAUCCAAUUUCUUUUUACCACAUGCAUGAGAUAUUUAAUAUCAAUUACCCUUUUCAAAAUUUGCCCAAAAGUUAAAAAAAAAAAACAAAAAAAAAACACACACACAGUAACACAAAAAACCCGGCAGCCAAA